AUGUUUCCCUCUACCCAAAUCCACACCUUAGACUGUCACUGCAUUAAAUGUCACAACAGUCAUCAGAAAUCUUCUUAUGCUGCAAAGCGUACUGAGACUCGUCGUAAUAAGAGAGCUAGAGUUGAAGCCGCAAUGAGAAACAUGGAUGUAGAUACUGAGGUAAUCCUGACCUCUCAUUCCGAUUCUGUGGAAGCAAUGGAUGGUCAGGCCAACUCACCUUUUUUGGAUGCCGCCUCAAUGUUUGACAAUGACAGAGACGACAAUGAUUUCGAUGACAAUGUUGAAGAUGAAGUCAAUGAGAUCGAGAUUGAGGACUUCAACAGUGAAGACCCUUUUGCUGCUCCUGAUAUGCCCAAAAAUGAAGUCCAUCAAUUCAUAGCCAUCUUUACGGUACUGUUUGCUUCACGUCAUGUUGUUGAUAAGGGUGCUGCUGUCUUGAUUGAGUUUAUCAACAACCUGCUGAGAAUCUACGACCAAGAUUUUCAAUUACCAACCAGUCUUGCCGGUUUACAAAAAAUGACAGGAUUUUCUGCUAUUACAAAAGGCAUCAAGAAAUUUGUGGUGUGCCAAGACUGUCAUACAGUAUAUCAGGAUAUCGUAUCUGCUCCUCCUCGAUGUGUUUCCUCAAAACUUGGUGCCAGGUCUGCAUGCAACUGUAAUUUGACGAAAUCCAUAUCUUCCGGUGCCUUGGUUGCAAAGCGUGAAUAUGUCUACCAAUCCAUUAAAAAUACAUUGAGCGUUUUCUUCCAUCGCCCUAGUUUCGAAGCCAAGAUUCUACGUGGAACGAUCAUUGAUCCCAUGCAUAAUCUUUUCCUGGGGACGUCUAAGAGAUUAAUGGAUUGGUGGAUUGAUGAGAAGACAAUUGGACCUGAAGAGUUUGCUUCGAUGGAGAAAAUUGCAGAGACAAUGGUACUGCCCAGAGAUUACACCACACUGACAACCAAAAUUGGAAAGGGCUUCAGCUACAUGAAAGCGGACGAGUGGAAAUCAUGGGUUCUGGUUAAUUCUCCUGUCUUGUUGCAUGGUAUUCUCCCUCCAUUACAAUUCAAGAACUGGAUGUAUUUCGUUGAUGCAUGCCAAUACUACGUAAAGCCCAGCAUUACUUUUGAUGAGAUCACCACUGCCCACAGCCUGUUAGAAAAGUUUUGCAAUGCAUGUAACGUAGACUAUACCGCCACUAUUCUCACCUGCAAUAUGCACCUACACCUCCAUCUUCAUGAAUGCAUUCGUGAUUUUGGACCAAAUUUCAAGACAAAUGGCAAAGACGGUUUUGAGGCGACCUACAUGAAAAAUUUUGUUCAGAAUGCGUAUAAGGGUGAUUAUAUCAAUGCUGUUCUUAAAAGUUCUAGCCAGUUCCCCUUCAUUCACACUCUGUCUAAACUUGUUACAACCUCCAUACCUGCCACCACAGUCACCACUCUCUCCAGUCGCCCAUUCAGAUUGCAAGCAUUCGGUAACGAGCCUCUUCCUCCUUCUACAUUUCCUCUAAAAUACAAAAAGCCAUUAGUAAUGGAUGAUUCCGACUAUCUCCAUUUACUUGAAUAUUACCAAGUCGCUUACAACCUCCCAGACCUUGCCAGCUAUCAGGACACGUCCUAUAAUCGCCCAGCACUUGACAAUCAAAUCAUCAAAUUGAACACAAUCAGUCACGGAUCACUUGUUCAGACAAAGUUUGUUGGUAGUAAUGGAAACAUUAUACUUGGAUUUGCUGGACAAAUUCAGUAUCUUUUUACACACUCCUUCCAACUUCCACCUAUGCACAAUCUCCAUCUGACUUGCAUGGUUCAUGAUCAUCAACAUGUAUUCGCAUUUAUCAAGUGGUUUCGUACUUCCUCUGAUAGGUCGCGUGAGGAUGAUGGUGUUGAAUUUUGUUUGCCCACGUUCUCUCCAGAUAGCUACCAUAGCAUUAUACCUGUACAUCGCAUCUUAUUAGAGGUUGCUACAGCUACUAUUGCGACAAGUAGAAAUGUUAGCAAAAUGCUGGUAAUUCCAUUGCUAAAGAAGCUAUAUGCUUAA